AUGGCGGAUGGGCACGAUGUGCCACAACCAGUGGCCUACAGGCCUUAUUCCGCCGAGGGAAGUGCCGCUCCGGAGCCGAAGCGUCCGAAGACUUUCCGGCCGCAGAAGCCCACCACGCAGAGAGCUGUCGAAAAGUCGAGCCUUGCCUCCGUGGGCCCGGAGGAGUCCGUUGGCCACAUGCUCCAUGCAGCUGCGCGGCGCCAGAGUGUUGAGUUUCAAUCAGGCCGUGCGCGAGAUGUCCCACAGACAGCGGAGCGCUUCCACGGCAUGUCCCUGAAGAGCUUCGGGCUGACCUCGAGCCUGGGCGGGACAGCGCCGCGGAAGGGCAAGGAGCGCAAGGAUGGCAAGUCCAUGGACCUCAUGGACCUCGCCUUCUCUGGAGGCAUGCAGAUGUGGAAUGGCGAGCCGAUGCCCAGUUAUGCACCGAUAUCUCUUCCUUAUUUCGAUGUGGAGGAGGAAGGCUCUGGCGUAAUUGUCCAGGACUCCACCGAAAACAAAACGAGGCCGAAGCUCGUCCACAUAGACGAGGCAAAUUCGAAGGCUGCAGAGAAGCUGCUCGGGCCCAACCAGGAGCUGCUGGAGGACAGCUAUUUUCUGCUGCAGAUGCCGUGUGUCCUGCCGGAGAUGAGCAAGCCAGAAGACGAGCUCUUCCGAGAGGCAGAGGAUGCGGCAUCAGCUGGAUCAGGUGCAACCAUCACCCGCUUGCCAGAUGGCAAGCUGGGAAAGCUUCGUGUUUACAAGUCUGGUAAGGUGAGGAUGGAGAUCGGUGGCAUCUCCUUCUGCGUCGACCAGGGCUGUGAAACCUUCUUCCAGCAGGACCUGGCACUUGUCUGCCCUUUGGCUGGCGAGUUCUUCAACCUGGGGCGUCUAAACAGCAGGAUGGUGCUGACACCAGAUCUAGAUGCAAUCCUGGCGCAAGUUCCCGAGAUGCUUAGCCAAUCAGAGGAGACGCCGGUCCUAGAGCAGGCGCCGAAAAAGGAGCCUGCAGCUGUACCUGCUCAGCUGCCGGUGUUUCCUGCUGCACGUGGGAAGGGGCGUGGAAAAGGUUCUCGCGGAAAGAGAUGA